AUGGCUGCACAGUUCAUGUUAUGGACAAGUUCACUGCUUCAGAACUUGAGGGCACCAUCAUCCAUGAACCACAGAUACAACUAUUCUGCCUCCUUCAACCAGGGUGGCUUGUCAGAGGACAGCCUGGUCAGCCUAUAUGAUGACAAUAGAAAGCGCUGGAACUGGGAGCUUCGUCCACCCCCAGGCUCUGAUUCACCUCCUGAGCAACCUGGGCCACUUGCCUCAGAGCUGCCAGUAGAGUUGGAAAAGCUCUACUUUGAAAAGCAAGUUGCUCUGUUUCUCAAUGCUAUUGGAACUGCCACCAAAUCCACAAUGCCCAGUCUAUCCAGCAAACCCCAGCAUCAAUGUAUGGCAGACUGGAGCAGAACCAGCUUGCAAGGUUCUACAGGUUAUUCCCAAAAGCCUGACCUCAUCCUUGUCGAUAACACCCCAGUAUCCCUUGAUGAGAUUACAUGGUUAAGUCCCAAAGUCAUUGCUGAGUACUCAAAGGAGUCUUUCAAGCCAGCAUCCUGCCUUGGGAAGAUGAUGGACACUAAGGCAUAUCUAACCCUUAAGUCUUCAUAUACAUUCAAUCAAGAGGAUCCAAGCUUUCUAGGAAGGGGUACUGUUUGUUACCUUGCAUGCUACAAUGGGGAAUACUACAUCAUCAAGGAUUAUUGGGUGGAGGAGUUCAGAGCAGAGGACAGCCCUGCACUGAAGACAUUGACAGAGUUCCCAAGUUGCAACACUACUGGGUCAUUGAGGUCAAGCUGGGCAUUGUUGAUAAAACUGAAUGAUAUCAUGAUGAGAAGUGGCGAAUUGUGCAUGAAGUCUCGGAGAACUCAUGUGCGAUUGGCUAUGAAGCUGUGUGCAAGGCCAAUGUCCAACAGCAGGCUCUCGGGAGGGGUGUCCUCCAUCGAGAUUGGGGAAUAUGACUUGGGUGGCACAGAAGCCAUCACUAAAAGUGGAAAGACUAAUGUCCCAUCGAUCUGGAAAAGCACCUCUCUCACCCAUGUAUUCAUCGAUCACCCUACUACUAUACACCAUACAUUUGUGGACGAUAUCAAAUCCCUGUUCUAUGUUUUCAUCUGGAUUUCCAUCCUUUAUGAUGGGCCACUUGGCCAUGAGCAUCAAGAUAUCAGCCAUGUAAAGACACUUCUUGGCUUGUGGAGUGAAAAGGUGGCCAAAGAUCUUGAAAUCACCAGAUGCACCAAGUUCACAUUCCUUAAUGACCUGUCUGAAUCAAGGCUGGAUUCCGAGGUCUUGCAAUAUUUUCAAGAUCUAAUCCCUCUGGCUAAUGAGUGGUGCAUAUUGCUUGGGCAGUCCCUGCUGAGCAGAACUGCAGUGCAGUUCUCUGACGUUAUCUCCCUUUUUGAUCAUUUCUUGGCCAGCAUGUCAUACAAGAAACCACCAGAGAUGACAAAUGCAUUCCAGCAGAUCAUCACCCAGCACAAAGUGCUUAAUUCAAGCAUGUGUCCAAGUCAGGAGAAUGAUAUGGAUGUUAUGUCUUUGGCAAUUAUGUCUUCUAAACACCUUUGUGAAGAGGCAGCCCACCUGUCAAUCUUGAAGAGUCUCAGUGUGUUGCCACAGCAGGACUCUGUUAUAGUGGAAGGGCAGGGGUGGGUUCAGGUGGAAGGGCUGAGCAAUUGGAGCGGAUUGGUACUGCCCUUGAAGGCCAAGCUACAUGGCCACAAAAAAAAAGGGUGGGGCCCACAGUGCUGGCCAGAAUGCAAAACUGAAGUCCAAUGUCGCCCCACCACCCUACAUGCCUCCAUUGCGAAUGGUCCUAGCCCAGCUGAUAUGCCUCUGAAUCCUGUCCCUCAGUCUUCAACAGCAGUAGCAACACCUGUCUUCCAUCAGUGCCCCACAAACUCCCAUCACUUUGGUUUCAGUGUUCUGGCUCAACAGCCAGGUCAUAUUGUGCCUCCCAGGAUGGAACCUGACCUUCAAGUGCUCAAUAAUCCUUAUAUUGCCACAAUUUGGGGAGACCAAGUUCCCAGUAAUACAUCUCAUCUGCCAACACCCCAGCCCAACUACCAGUCUUGGUUUAUCCCCCACCAGCUGCCUGCUACUGUCCCUGACUCUUGUAUCAACCCCUCCCUUGAUAGCUUGCUCUCAUUGAGACAAACUUCAGCAACCACUGAUGUUCGCCACAAGAGUUCAGAGAAGCUGUCAUCAGAGGGCUCCUCAGAAGAGGAGUCAGAGUCCUUGAGUAAUAACCCAUCAGACACAGAGGUUGGCAAGGUCUCCAGCAAUGAGUUUGACAAAGAUGAGGAUGACGCAUUUGGAUGGGGUGCAAUGAAUCUUAGGCAAUCAACUCAUCCUGGCUUCUCCCAAGAAACGAUGACAAGCAAUCCUAUUCACCACAAUUCCUUACCCCCUGACCACAAGUUUCAGUACUCAUGUGAUGAGGAUGACAAUGUGGCUCUGCAAAGCUUACAAUCCAAGGACAAGGCUCAGCCAGAGGGUUCCCAAUGUGGCACUGUCAUCGACGUUCUCCCUUGUGCACGACUUGGUCAACAAAAGGCACUUGUCACUGUUGUUGUUGAGUGGAAUCAACACAGUGUGCAAUUUGAAGAUGGUUACUGGCCUGACCACAAGCAAGAUAUGGCAUGCCUCCUCCUUGGUGAUAUAUCUACCUGGCAUUUGGAAUUGAAGUCAGUUAUGCUGGCAACCAUGCCAUCUGUGUUCAACCUUGUCCCUCCUUCUGAUGUUGCACCACAGAUAAGCGUCCUGAGUCCUUCAACAAUUCAGUUCCCCUUUCCUGUCUGGCUCUUGUCACAGCCAUGUAUCAUUAAUGGCACAGAAAAGAUGAUGCCUCAAUUCUCUGGCAAGGCUUACAAUUCCAUUUUCCAUGGCAUGAUGAAGGUGCUGAAUGACAUCCUUUGUAAUCCCUAUCAUGGCACAAGGUUGCACAAUCAGCUUUCUCAGUGGGAAAAGGAAGGAUGGGCUGCACUGCAAGAGGUUGAUUUGAAUGUAGAGAGGUACCAGCACAUUCAGGCAGUCCUUGAUUGA